AUGUAUAAUAAUUCAAGAGAUCCUCCUAAUCAAAUUCUUCUUCUAAUUCUUAAUUCAUUGCCUUCCUCUUUUCCUUUGAACAAUUCUUUCAUACAUCAAAAAUUCAAUUAGUAUGGAGAUAUUAAUAAGAUUCUUAUUUUUGAAAGAGGAAAAACAACCAAAGCCUUUGUUGAAUUUCAUGAACUGAAAAGUGCUAUUUAAGCUAGAAGAUAAUUGAAUGGGUGCAAUAUUUAAGGAGGAAAGUAAUUACUCACUUUUUAUAGUUUUAGAAUGAUAAUUCAUUUUUCUCGGCUUAAAAAUCUUAAUCUCGAAAUAGUGGAUAACUCAAGAGGAACAGAUUAUACAUAAGCUAGUAGUAAUAGUUAGAAUUCGGAUUCUAUACUAAACUCAAGAACUGACGAAAAUAAUUAGCUUGAUUUAACUAAUCAUAUUAGUCAAACUUAAUCACCAAGAGCUAAUUCUAGUCCUAUUAGAAACGAAUAAAUCAAUCGUCUAUUAGAAUCAGAUGAUGAAGAUGAUUUAACGAUCUGGAAAUAGGCAAUCCCUUAGAAUAUCUCAGAAUUUCAUCCAGACAUAUAAAAAUUACUUCAACAGAGGUAAUCAAGAUUAUUAAGAAUCUUAAACUUUGAUUCUAAAAUCACUGGAAAAAUGAUUUAUAAUGUCUUUUCUAAGUUUGGCAAUUUAGAAGAAAUCUUAUAUGAAAAAUCAUUGUCCAGAGCCUUUAUUAAAUAUUAAUCAGUAAAUUAGGCAAUUAUUGCAAAAGAAUAUCUCAAUAAUAUUUAAUUCUUUGAUUCAUAAGUAAGUUUAUAAUCUUCUAAUAAUUUAGAUAAGAAUUUAUUAUGAACCUCUCUAAUCACUAUAACCAACUUCUUUUUAGGACGAGUAUAUGAUCUAUUAUCAUGACAAUCAAUAAUUCAACACUAGUCCACUCUCCUCAAAUCUCUUGAUAACAUGCGUUUAAGAUCCUACUGAAAUCUCUGAGCAAAUAUAAAUGUUUGCAAAAGCUAAAGGUCUCUAUAUUCUUUAAUUUUUUAGAAAUUAAAUUAGGAGUAAAUAAUAUUCAUUUGACUAUGUAUUCUAAUGCCGAUGCACUAAAAAUUAUAGCUGUGUUUUCAGAUUAUGAAUUCUAAAAUCAGAAAAUGAAUAUCAUUCUCAAAUGA